AGACGCAGAUCAUUCGAUCGACUUACGUACACACGCAGACGAACAGCUUCUCGUACGUGAGAUCACAAAGGCCUUCAAUAUGGUUUACUCGAUGGAUUUAUUCAUGUUGCAUCUCGUAUUCAGUACCAUGUUCUUUUUGACCCGGCCUGUUAAUUGUUAGCUGUAUAUCGGUCGAUCGAUCUCUACUUUUGCAAUAUAGCAAUGAUUAAGCCGAGAGUAGGAACUGACAGGGAUUUAAUCCAUCGGCGUUGAUUUAAUCAACACAUUUUUCCUGUCAGAGGGAUACCCGGUGCUCGACACCAAAGUAAGUAGGCAAGGAAUCAUGGGCGGCGGGCACGACAUGCACGGCCACGGCGGCGGCGUGAAGGGGUUCGUGUCCAACCUCGUCACCGGCGGUAAAGGCCAGGGCCACGGAUCAUACGCCGGCGGCGGCCAUGGACAUGGGCACGGCUACCAGCAGGGGUACGGGCAGCAGCACGGCUAUCCUCCCACCACCGGUGCUUACCCUCCGCACGGGCACGCCGGCUACGCGCCGGCGGCUUACCCCUCGCACGGGGCUCAACACGGUCACAUGGGGAUGGGGUCAUACCACACCGGGCACCAGAAGCACGGCGGCGGCGUCUACGGCGGCGGGAAGCACAAGGGCGGUGGUAUGUUCGGCGGCAAGCACGGCAGGAAGUGGAAGUGAACAAGUGGGCCUACACACAUCGUGCGCGCCCCAACCAGGCAGGCAGCUACUCUGUAUAAGCUCGCUUACGUACGUAUCUCGAUCGAUCAACGGCCAUGCUCCGUGUCAUGUAUACCUAAAUAAGGAGCUAGGCACGCCCGCACACGUACGGUGUGUGAUAGCUUUGCUUGCGGUACCGUGAGUCCGUAUGACAGCACAAAAUAAAGGUGUGAUGUAUAUACCGAACCGUAUUCGACUGGUCAUGCCGUUGUAAAACGUAUCGGCACGUAUCACUCGUCGUUUUCUUUUCUGCCCGCCGCUCUCGUUACUUUCCACGAUACUUUGACUACAAAUUACUCUAUUAAUAUAUAAUUAUAUGAGAUAGAUUCAUAUACAUUA